AUGAGCAACAAAGAAGAUGCAGGCAAAGGUUGUCCCGCGGCAGCUCCGGUCUCCAGCUUCACCAUCCAGUCGAUCUUAGGCAGCGGCACGUCGGGAGGAGGCAGGGAGCCCAGCUCCAAGCAGCCCUCCUCCUCCUCCUCCUCCUCCGCCUGGCCGAGCAGGAAGAGGAGCCUGUCGGUCUCUUCCGAAGAAGAAGAACCCGACGAGAGCUGGAAACACCCCACUUGCUUCUGCUCCGACUCGCAGGCCCCGGAAGAAACGUGCCACAAGCAUCAGGCUCUCGGCUUCACGUGUCUCAGCAAUUCCAAAGGGACCGGCGCGGCGCUCGGUUCCGACCGGACGCCUCCUUUCCUCUCUCCGUCCCAGCCGGAUUUUAAGGAAGAGAAAGAGAAGCCCUUCGCUCCGAAUUCGCCCGCCUGCUCGGCGGACCGUCAAAGGGACGGGACGGAAAGGCAAUCCGGCUCGGCCAAAAAGAAGACGCGCACGGUCUUCUCGCGGAGCCAAGUUUACCAGCUGGAGUCCACCUUCGACAUGAAGCGCUACCUGAGCAGCUCCGAGCGGGCCUGCCUGGCCUCCAGCUUGCAACUGACAGAGACUCAGGUGAAAACCUGGUUCCAGAACCGGCGGAACAAAUGGAAGCGGCAGCUCUCGGCCGAACUGGAGGCGGCCAACAUGGCCCACGCCUCGGCCCAGACUCUGGUGGGGAUGCCACUGGUUUUCAGAGACAAUUCCGUCCUCAGGGUGCCCGUGCCCAGGUCCAUCGCCUUCCCGGCGCCCUUAUACUACCCAGGCAGCAACCUGUCCGCCUUACCUCUUUACAACCUCUACAAUAAGCUCGAUUACUGA